AUUAGGGUUCAUUUUAAUUCUCCUUCUCUCUGCAUCGUGUUACUCAGGAUCUGAUUGAAAUUAGGCUCUCGGCUCUUCUAGGUGUUCUCAGAUCCGAAUUAUCAGAUAAUCAGUAGACAGAGGAUUAGCUGCGAAAAGUUUGGAUUUUGGCUGACUAAGGAUAAUUCUCCGGUCAUAUUUGGUGCUGGGUCUGUUGGAUUGGUAGUGAAGUUUUGUGAAUAGAAAUAGUUUUGGAAUUUGCGGAAAUGGAUAGGCCUCGACAAAAUGAUCAUUUGGGUGUGAAUAAGAUUGGGAGGAAUAUCAGAAAAAGUCCUCUGCACCAACCGAAUUUCGCUGCGAAUGCUAAUGCCGCUGCUGCUUCAAGGCCUCAAGCGCAGCCUCAGGUUUAUAACAUCAGCAAGAACGACUUUAGAAGUAUUGUUCAGCAGCUAACAGGCUCUCCUUCACGUGAAAACCUUCCUCGCCCUCCUCCUCAGAACAACCCACCAAAGCCUCAGAAUACACGGUUGCAGAGAAUCCGACCAGCACCCUUAACUCAGAUAAACCGGCCUCCGGUUCCUCUCCCUACCAUGGUUCCUCCACAACAUCAUCCUUACUUAGUUAGACCGCAUCCACCACCCCAGCCACAAGUCACACAACAACCAAUGAUGGGUCAUGGGGACCAGUUUUGGUCUAAUACAGCUGAGUCUCCCAUCUCAGAGUAUAUGCGUUAUCUUCAAAGCUCACUUGGAGAUUCAGGUCCCAAUGGUAACCAAAUGCAGCCAGGUCAUGAGCAACGUCCAUAUAUGCCUGGUCAUGAAAAUCGUUCAUAUAUGCCUGGUCAUGAAAAUCGACCAUAUAUGCCAGCUCAGCCUCAGCCUCAACCACAGUCCCAACCUCAACCUCAGUCCCAAUCUCAACCUCAAGCUCAACAUCAACCUCAAGCUCAGCCACACAUGAUGCCUGGAUCACAACCUCGAAUGAAUAUGCAGGGGCCACUUCAACCUAACCAGUAUCUACCACCACCCGGGUUAGUUCCUAGCCCAGUGCCUCGUAAUCUUCCUUCUCCUCAGUUCAAUGGUCCUGUACCUGUCACGCCCACUCUGCCUUCUCCCAGGUUCAGUCAAAUGUAUGGUGGUUUUCCUUCUCCUCGAUAUAACGGUUUUGGACCACUACACUCACCUACAUCCCAGUUUGUUCUGCCAUCUCCUACUGGUUACCCGAAUAUGUUCUCUCCAAGAUCACCUUACCCAUUACUAUCACCAGGAGUUCAGUAUCCUCAGCCACUUACCCCAAACUUCUCAUUUUCACAAAUAGCUCAACAAGGAAGUCUCGGACCCGGUGCAGGUCCAGGUCCAGGUCCUCCUCAGCCACCUCCAUCUCCAGGUCUCAUGUUCCCGUUAUCGCCAUCCGGGUUCUUCCCUAUCCCAAGUCCAAGAUGGGGUGAUUACUAGGUGGCUCUCUCCAGUCUCUGUCCGAUUUAUUGGAUUACGUAAAUCUUAUCAUGUUUUUUUUUUUUCAAGUCUCUCUAGGUUAGUCUAUACUAUGAAAGAAGCUUGGUCUCCAGAGCCUACAGUAGAAUAGACGCAACAGCAUAGAUUUGUAAACGCAAAAGGCGCUUUUAUAGAAGAAAAUUUCUCUGUUUUUGAGGUUCUAUAGGUAAAAGGUUGAAGCUUUAUUUGGGAAUCUUGGGAUGAUGAUGAUUACUUUUCUUUUGUUUGUCACAGAAUUAGCCGUCUUUUGCGUAAUUUGUAUACAGGCUUUAGACAAUACUCUGUCAAUUUAUAAGAUUUUUGGUUGUUUUUCAA